AUGAAAAGAGAUACCAUAGAUGAAAUUUAUAUGGAGAUGAGGCAGGACGGACUAUUCUUCGAGGAGGACGGCAACGUGCCGCUGAUGUUUGCUCCGGAAAAUACUGUCGUUCCCAAUCAGUACAUUGUAAAAAUGCAACCUAGUGGCGAUUACAACCAAAUUCUCAGCACCCUGGGUGGAAGAGGCUCCCCAAAAAGACUGGAUAUCAGUGAGGGCAUCACCUACGUUAUACUUAAGGAUAUAAAUGACAGUGACCUUCAAGAGCUUCGCAAGCUUACUGACCACAUAGCUGAAAUUGAACAAGAUACAAAAGUGUCGUUAGAUACACACCAUCGUGAAGGGCCUUACGAUGCCAGUUUAACAUGGGGUGUAGACAGAAUAGACUACGAGAAGAAUGAUGACCUUUUCUUUACCUGGGGGGUGGGCACUGGGACAGACGCCUACGUCGUUGACACCGGAAUUAACCCUGAUCAUGUGGACUUCGGGGGAAGAGUGUCUGCAGGGUGGCACGCAGGUUCUUUUGCCGAUAGUAGAGACGAUAUGGGGCAUGGUACCCAUGUGGCCAGUACCUUAGGUGGCGCCACCUAUGGAGUAGCCAAGGAGGUAAACCUCAUCCCCGUCAAGGUAUGCAGCUACUACCAUUGUAUGGAGUCUGAGAUCCUGGAAGGGCUAAACUGGGUAAAGACACAGGUUCAACUAUACAAGCGUCUGUCAGUAAUAAAUAUGUCCCUCGGUGGUCCGAAACGCCCGUCUUUCAAUAACGUUGUGAACGCGGUAAUCGAUGCAGGCAUCCCAACAGUAGUCAGCGCUGGAAAUAACUUCGGGGGCGAUGCUUGUGCCAGAUCCCCUGCAAGCGUAGGCAGGGCCCUCACGGUUGGAGCCACCCAGAUACACGAUUACGUGGCUGGAUUUAGUGACAUCGGACCGUGCGUCGAUAUUUACGCUCCAGGGGAGAACAUCAAGGCCGCUUACUACGGAAACAACAACGGUUCGACCCUGAAAAGUGGGACCUCAAUGUCAGCACCUCACGUCGCCGGUGCUGUCGCGGGCAUGCUGCAGGUCGUUCGCGAUGCUGGGUACUACACGGAACCGUCGCAAGACGUUGUGGACCACAUAAACCAUUACAUCAUCGAGUACGCGGAGAAGGGUACCGUGCUUGGACUCCCGGUGUUGAACAACCACAACGUUAUGCUUCAAACGACCGGUCUGUUUACUGUGGCGCCUUAAUAAUGUUUGCCCGAAAAUACACCCUUGCUUAAAAUGAUGGAGUAUCCCCAACAAAACAUUACAUCUUCGUUUUAAAUAUGUAAAAACUCAGUCGCAAGUGGUUCACUGUAAUUGCAUCUUCUUCAUUCAAGUUACAUUAUAUUUGAGAAUUUUUUAACCCUUUGGGUUCUUAAAGACGAUUAGUUAUAUAUUUAAUAAAUUAUCGGCAAUUAAUAGGGAAGAGCAAUUGUAUUGUUGAAAAAACAUUCAUUGGAGAGUCAUUCAAAAGUAGACUUAGACCAAAUAUUUCAUCUCAGAAUGUAUUGCCAUCGUGAACAUGGAGGGGGACAUUUAUUCCUCUAGAUACUAGCUCAACUAGUUUGUUGAUGCAUCUCUGACUGAGAUGAGCAUCCCGACGACAAGAGGAUGCAUCGAUGUCCUUUUCUCGCCCGCGCCCCGAAGGUCAAAUUCUCUUAAAGUGACCAAAGUCACCCUCAGGCUUAAGGACGAGGCAUUCCCAAUCUUUUAAUAUGCUGGACAAAACUGACUUGCAGCCGCGAAGGCCAGUGACUGGCCGGCCAUUCUGCUCUGGUGUGUUAUACAGGGUC